AUGGAUGGUAUUUGCUUCGAUUACGAUCACUACUUCUCGGAGGAAACGUUCAUCAUUGAUGAUUUCGGUGAGAUUUGUGAGGAUGUGGUCCGCAUAGCUAGCGCCAACACGCAGUACCUUUGCAAGGAUUUCGAUGCGGAACCGCGUCAGGAAAGUCCACCACCGGGAAACUUUAUCGCUUCGAAUCGAUGUUUCGAGAAGGAAGUGCCGUCACUGUUCUCCGAGAUGGAGUACCUAACGGAAGUGUCGCCCGGCACGGAUGUAGUUCUGUCGGAGACGAACGCUAUAACUAUUGCCGUGAAUCCAUCUGAGUUUUCCUGCAAACGUUUGACACGGUCCACCGAUAAAGCACCGGCUGAAACCACGGAAAAUAGUCCACAAAAUUACACUAUGGAGGCUACUUUACCGACUGUUGAAACCCGGGAAAUAGGAUCACAUCCAGUGCAAACGAUCGCUCACGCAGCAGCACCAGUAGAGUAUCAGCGUAUACUCAACAACUACAUUCAAAAGGGCCGUCGAAAGCUGGAAGCUAGUUCCUACUCUAAAAUGAAAGCUUCAGGCCCGGCUAGGGAAAGAGUAAACGCGUCUGUAUGUUCUACCUCAACGAUCGAAACGGCAACGACACCAACGCAACCGUCCGCUAGAGCCGGUCAACAGUUCCAGCCAGGUCGUAACACCUCCGUCACUGCCAUUAUCAAUAAUCUUCCCUUGUCGACGUGUUACGCUUCAUUCGACAAAGCUUCAUCCAUCAGUGACAGCAAACGCACGGUAGAAAUGAGCAAAUCCUCAACCUUUUCCUGCCCAACCCUUUACCAAAGUGCAACGAACCGACCCACGACGGGAAUGCUCAAAACGGCUCGAUUGUAUCACUGCAGGGAUUGUAGUUCCUCGUACCACUCGAGUGAGCUGCUCCGGAAGCACAGUUGCAUUAUCGCCGAACAGUAUCAGUGUCACCUGUGUUUGCGCGAGUUCAGGAAACGUAAAACGCUUGAACAUCAUAUGAAAUCCCACGAUAAGGUGUUUUCCACUGACGAUGAUUUACGGAAGUAA